CAGCGCUGGUUAAGCACAAAAAAGCAUAAGCAUAAUCAGAAGAAUAAGAAGCAGAGGGGCCUUCACCUUCUUACGUCGUCCACGCGACGAAGAAAAAGUAGAGAACCUCUCAUCCCGCCGGCGGUACGGUCUCACCACGGGGACGGUUCAUCAAAGCGAAACGGAGGGCCUCGUUAACAGUCUGUGGUUACUCUAAUUUAUCGGAAAAAGCCGUAAUAAUGGUGAAGAAGAAACGCAAGGGCACCCAGUCCGGAGUUAGUGAACCCACCCGUAUUCGAAUUGGAGAUAUGCUCAGACGAUUUCGUGCUUCAGAAGAUCAAGUUCUCACUUUUGAAGCUGGCCUAUCAGACACAGAGCGUGCUCUGGUGCACAUGAUUUCAAGGAAGUUGGGAUUGAAAUCCAAGAGUAAAGGGAAAGGAAAUGAGCGCUGUGUUUCUGUUUCCAAGAAUCCAAAGAAGGAAAAGAAAAAAGGAAACAAUGAAAAUCUAAGCUGUUUGGCUUUUUCAGAAGGAUCACAAAUGAUCUUACAGGAUUUAUUUUCACGCUACCCUCCUGAAGAUGAAGACCUAAGUACUAGAUUGAUUCAGGAGAAUAGGGGUAAACAAGAAAGGAAAAGAGGGAAAGAUUCAAUGUUCUCUUUGCCCUUAUUAAGCAAAGAUGAGAUAAGAAAGAAGCUUAACUUGCUCAGUUCAAUGGUGAAAAAGGAUCCUCGUUUCAGACAGACUUUUGAAUCAAGGUCUAAGCUCCCUAUUGCAUCCUUUAGCGAAGUCAUCAGAUCUACUGUUGAUUCUAACCAGGUUGUUCUCAUAUCUGGCGAAACUGGUUGCGGGAAAACUACUCAGGUCCCACAAUUUUUGUUGGAUCAUCUCUGGAGCAGAGGAGAGGUGUGCAAAAUAGUAUGCACACAACCUCGGCGUAUCUCUGCAAUGUCAGUUGCUGAUAGAAUCUCUCAUGAAAGGGGCCAGAUUACUGGGGAUGAUGUUGGAUACAAGAUUCGGUUGGAAAGUAAGGGAGGCAGGCACUCAUCAAUUGUGUUUUGCACAAAUGGAGUUUUGCUUAGGGUGCUUGUUUCCAGUGGCACUAGUUUAUCCAAGUCUUCGAGCAAGCAUGAUGUAGAAGAUGAAAUCCAUGAGCGGGAUCGCUAUUCAGAUUUCAUGCUGACGGUUAUCAGAGACAUGCUUCCUUUAUAUCCUCACCUCCGACUGAUACUGAUGAGUGCUACUCUAGAUGCGGAAAGAUUUGCACAGUAUUUUGGCGGCUGCCCAGUUAUCCGUGUUCCUGGUUUCACUUAUCCUGUCAGAACGUUCUAUUUGGAGGAUGUACUUUCUAUCCUGAAAUCUUCAAGUGACAAUCAUCUUGCCUCCAGUGGGUGCUCUGAACUGACUGAGGAAGAUACUGCUGCUUUGGAUGAAGCUAUUAAUCUGGCUUGGUCAAAUGAUGAGUUUGAUCUUCUCAUGGAUUUGGUGUCCUCUGAAGGGAACCCAAAAAUUUAUAACUAUCAGCAUUCCUUGACUGGGUUAACCCCAUUGAUGGUCUUUGCUGGGAAGGGUAGAGUGGGGGAUGUUUGCUUGCUCCUCUCUUUUGGUGCCGAUUGCCAUUUGAAGGACAAUGAUGGUAUGACGGCAUUGGCAUUAGCUGAGAGGGAAAACCAGCAUGAAACUGCUCAAGUAUUAAAAGGUCAUGUCAGAAGGGCCCUGUCUGACCCCACGCAACAACAAAAUUUACUUGAUAAAUAUCUCACAACAGUCAAUCAUGAUCUUGUUGAUGUUAUUCUUAUAGAGCACCUACUAAAGGAAAUAUGCAAGGACUCUACAGAAGGUGCUAUAAUUGUCUUCCUUCCAGGAUGGGAGGAUAUAAAUAAAACCAGAGAGAGGUUACAUGCAAACUCUUUCUUUGCAGAUACAUCUAGGUUUUUGAUAAUCUCUCUUCAUUCUAUGGUUCCACCGGGUGAGCAAAAGAAGGUUUUUAAUCGCCCCCCUCGAGGUUGCCGCAAAAUAGUCCUUUCAACUAACAUAGCAGAAAGUUCCAUUACUAUUGAUGAUGUUGUCUAUGUCAUAGACAGUGGGCGAAUGAAAGAAAAAAGCUAUGAUCCUUAUAACAAUGUGUCCACUCUUCAAACUUCAUGGAUAUCGAAGGCAAGUGCAAAGCAAAGGGAGGGACGUGCAGGCCGCUGUCAGCCUGGAAUAUGUUACCAUCUUUAUUCAACAGUCCGAGCAGCUUCUCUACCUGACUUUCAUGUUCCUGAAAUCAGGAGAAUACCAAUUGAAGAGCUCUGUCUGCAGGUGAAGCUAUUGGAUCCCAAUUGCAAGAUACAGGAUUUUCUGCAGAAGACUCUGGAUCCGCCGAUUUCUGAGUCCAUCAGCAAUGCAAUUGGUGUUCUUGAAGAGAUUGGUGCUUUAUCAGCAGAUGAGCAGUUGACAGAACUCGGGAAAAAGCUGGGCUGCUUACCUGUUCAUCCGUUAAUCAGCAGAAUGCUCUUCUUUGCUGUCUUGAUGAAUUGCCUUGAGCCUGCUUUGACUAUAGCAUGUGCUGCUGACUAUAAAGACCCGUUUACACUCCCUAUAUCACUGGAUGAGAAGAAAAGGGCAAAUGCUCGUAGGCUCGAGCUUGCUUCUAUAUAUGGUGGAUACAGCGAUCAGCUAGCGGUGGUAGCAGCUUAUGAUUGCUGGAGGAAUGCUAAGGAAAGAGGGCAAGCAGCAAGGUUUUGUUCUGAUUAUUAUGUGUCCCCUGGCACCAUGAACAUGCUGCAUGGUAUGCGUAAGCAUCUCCAAGGGGAGCUUAUUCGUAAUGGCGUUGUACCACAAGAUGUCUCAAGAUGCAGCACGAAUGCGCAUGAUCCUGGCAUAAUUCGUGCUGUUCUUGUGGCUACUGUGUAUCCGAAUGUUGGGAAAUUCUUGCCGCCUAAAAAUGGUAAACGUGGUGUCAUACAGACCACAGAUGGUGCUAAAGUUCGGUUGCAUCCUCAUUCUCUUAAUUUCCGAUUAUCAACUAAAAGAAGCGAGGACUGCCCCCUGGUAAUAUAUGAUGAGGUGACUCGUGGAGAUGGUGGCACACAUAUAAGGAACUUUACUGUUGUUGGUCCACUCUCCCUUCUCCUCCUUGCUACAGAAAUUGCAGUUGCUCCUGCAAAUGACGAUGUCGAUGGCUAUGACGAUAAAGAAGGAAGUGAUGUUGCUGACACGGAUAGUGACGCUGAAGAUGGAAUAGAAAUUGAUGAUGAUGAGUAUAAUGGCAAGAAACUCAUGUCUGCUCCUGAUAAUUCUGUGAUUGUUGUUAUGGACAGGUGGCUUCUUUUCCGAUCGUCAGCCAUCGAUGUUGCUCAGAUUUACUGCUUGAGAGAGCGGUUAUCUGCUGCAAUCUUAUUCAGAGUUAGUAAUUCUUCAGUAUGAACUGGAUUGGUUGUUAGGUGUAGAGAUGAGGUUCUGUUUCUUCCACUAAUUUCUUUUAACUCUGAUCUGGUUUGUGUGGUUGUUCCAGGUAACUCAUCCCCGAAAGGCGCUUCCACCUGCUCUUGAAGUCUCUAUGAAUGCAAUAGCUCGUGUUCUCUCUAAUGAUGGGCUAUCUGGGAUUCCCUUGCCGAUCCAAUUUCACGGGAUUGUCAACGGUGGAGAUAUCCAGAAGAACAAGCAUAACGCGAAGUGAGCGGAGAGUUGAUAAAUCCAAUUCCAGUUGGCCUUCACUGAUCAACUGUUCCCUGGUCCAGAGCUUCCUAGUUCUUGUUACAGGGCUUAUUAUAGGCAACUGCACACUGGCCUGAUCUCAGGGUAGUUCGUGGUUUGUUUAGCUGCAGUGGACAAAAUCACAGUCAACACAGCGGGGAGGCGGGUUAGGGGUAUCCUCUGAUGCAGCCAUUAAACAAACCACGUACGAAGCUCCAAUAGUAUGUAGCAAAGUUAAUUAGGAUUAUGAUUUUGUCAGGAAGAAGAUUUUAAUAGACUGUGUAUUGCAGACAGUAGAUAGUAAUAGUACGAUAAUAUGAUGACUUGAGACAUCUAAAAGAUUGUAAUGGCCUUUUUGUCACUCUAAUAGUCAUACAGUAUAACUCAAACCAAUGACACUUAUAGGGUUCCUCUCUUACAUGGUGAACGCGCACAGAGAAGGUUAUUGAGUAG